AAUUCAGUUUCAAUAUAUUUUUCAAAGUAUUAACACGCAACUCAAUAAAAUGGAACCAAGAAGAAGGAAUGUUGAUGCCAAACAAAGAAAAAGGAGUUUAGAACAUAUUUUGAAGUUGAUUAUUAAACCCAUGAAGGUUUCGACAAAUUUAUUAAAGCUCCGUACCGUAAGCAAGUUAUUUAAUUCAAUUAUAAGUGAAAAAUUAAAUUCUGAAAGAUUUUGGAAGAAACUUUGUUAUAAUCGCGAAAUAGUUCCCUGGCUUGCUAAGUUAAAGAGAAAUUUAUUUCCUUCUUUAAAAGAAGAUGAUGUCCUUGAUUUGGUUCUUGUCAAUCAAUAUAACUGGAAAAAAAUGUACAUUCAUUACAGAAAAUGGAGAAAUAUUUCUAGAUCCUUGAAUUCUUCUUGGCGGGAUUUGCACAAUGCCAAUUAUGGUGAAAAUUUCUUUUUUGUUGCAAGCUUUGCGGGACAUUUAGCUAUAAAUGUUGAUGAUAAAUUUAUUGAUGUUGUAAUUUUUACUAAAGGCAAGGUAAAAAAAUAUCGAUUGAUUAAACCGGUGGUUCAAGAAGACUUUACAGUGGAAGAAAUAGGUUUUUGGAAUGCUAAGAACGGUGGUAUUCUUCUGUAUGUACUAUUGGAUAAUGGAUACUUGUAUUUUGGAAAACAUACUAUGACUUUGUGGAUGAGCAAUAGCGAAGCAUUUGAAAAUAUUUUAUGCACUGACAAUGAUGUUUUGAUAUCUGUCCAAGACGAUUUUACACACCUAAAAAAACACAUCCGUUCGCUUGGUUCUCCAUACCACCCUAUUAAUGGAGACACGAAAGAAAUUACAGGGCUGCCAAGUAAUAUAAAUUUGAAUGAAUAUACAAUUAUUGGCAUGUUUGGUGACGCCGACAAUCUCAUACUAGCGUCCCUUAAGGAAAAAAUAGUAUUAAAAAUGAGGAUUAAAGUUCCGAAAUCGGCGCAGUCAACUUACGAAAUUUAUAAUUUCACAUUAAUCACCCUGGAUGAUUCUAACACAAGAACCCCUUUUUAUUGCUACAUACCGCAUAGUGAUGUUAUGGUUAUAGCUAACGGUACACACUUGUGGUUAUCUUGCGAGUACAAAAUUUCCAAUGAUUUUUCCCACUACUUGCGUCAUCUAAAUUGCAAAAGAGUUAUCACCUCUCUUACAAUGCAUUGCAAUAUUAUCCUAGCUGGUUUAGAUAAUGCCCUUGCCGUCUGAAGAAAGCAAUAAAACAAGCAAUCAAAAAAGCGGUAGAAGAAAAUCCUCGGGAAUGGGAAAUCAGUCAUGCAAUAAAGGAGACGACACUGAUGCAGAUAAUGAUCUUGGCAACGUGAAAUGCGUUUAUUCGUUUGCCAGCAAUCAAAUACACGGACAACAAUAAUACACAAAUGAAGAAGCCUCAGGAUAUUCUAAGUCGUGUUACACUAUAAAUUUACUUCUUACAACAGCUUGUAUGCUAGUAACUACUAACAGGCACUUAACGUUCACUUUAUUUAUUAUCACAGACACAUUAAUCGUCUGACGCUUAAUGUCAACCCUAAACUCCUUUGAUACACCCUCCAAAAAUGCCGAGAUUCGGCAUUUGAUAAACUACACGGAAAGAAAAUUGAAGGAAUUUUUAGUAUUUUACUAUCGUAAUUUUUA